AUGCUCCUUUUGACCAGCUCUACAAUCUAUCGUCGAGAUAAUAAAAAAAAAUUGCUUGAAAUUUCUAAAGAAGAAGAUUCAACAAUUAUUCAACCUCCUGCACCUAUCCUAACUCCACCAGAAUCACCAGAAUAUAACCUUGAUCUUGAAAAUGAUAAACAUGUAGAAGAGGAAGAACAAAAAGUAAUUAAUAAUAUUGAACAAUAUAAUGAUAAUGAGAAACCUACAAUGUCGGAUGACGAAGAAGAAAAUCACGAUAGUAAUGUUUUAAUUGAAAACACAACUACUAAUGACGAUGAAAUUGCCACAACAAAAGAAUUGUUCGAAGAGAUUAAAGAAUUAGAAGAAAAAGAUACUAAAGAAAAUGUGAAUGACGAUAAUAAUAUUGAACAAUAUAAUGAUCAUGAGAAAUCUACGAUGUCGGAUGGCGAAAAAGAAAAUCAUGAUAGUAAUGUUGUAAUUGAAAACACAAAUACUAAAAUUGACGAUGAAAUUACCACAACAAAAGAAUUGGUCGAAGAGAUCAAUAAAGCAAACGAAGAUAUUAAAGAAUUAGAAGAAAAAGAUACCAAAGAAAAUGUGAAUGACGAUAAUAAAAUCGAAAUUACAUCUUUUUCCUCAGUUGAUAAUGAUUUGGUGCAUGAUAAUGAUUUUGAAACAUUAAAAUUUUCUGUCUGUGCUGAUUGUAAAUGCGGCAGUGACGAGAAUGAAGACGAACAUCAUAAUGAGGAGGAGUACACAAUUGAUAAAGAUCAUUUAUUAUUUUCUGGUGAAAUUAUUAAUGAUUUUGAUUCUGGUGAAAUCAAAAACAAUGAAGAAUUUUCAAAUAUGGAACUUGAUGAUGAAGAAGAAAAACUUGAAGCCACCGAGACAAUUGUUGAUACUAUAACUACAACAUCUGACGACAUAAAAGAAUCUUCUCUAUCUUCUCCUAUUAUUGAUGAUAAAGAUUUUGAUAAUUCGAACACAAAUAUGUGGUCAGAAGAAAUUACAAGUUUAAGUUUUGCUACAGAAACAAUGACUACAACCACCACUACCACUACCACAAUAGUAGAAAAUGUUGAAGGGGAUGAUGAUGUUGCUCCAACAGUUACAAUAACAACAACGGCCACCUCCGAUGCUGAAUUUGUAGCAGAAGAAAAAGAGAGAGGCAAGGAUGAUGAUGAAACUAUUGUCGUUGAAAUUACAGUAUCAGCUGAAGAUCAAGAUAAAUGUACUUUAACAGGAAGAGAAUUAUACCACACUAAAUUUCCGCCUCCAUCUACAGUGGCUCAACCAAAAAAUUGGAAGAACUAUCAGGAAGCAUAUGACCCAUUCAUCUUGAAUUAUCACUCACACACAGCCUUUAGAUUGCUUGUUACUCUCUGUGAACCUGUCUUUGCUGAAUUUGAAAGAAGUUUCAGGGAUUGUCAAAUGGAUAAGUUUGACACAGACUUUGUUAUCGAACUUUCAUGUGAGAUGUCUUAUACAUUCGUAGAUGAGGAUGUAAGGAAAGAAGCCUUUUGCUCACUUUUAAAAAGUUCAAACAAGAAGCAUCUCUGUUCUCCAAUCUCAUCCACCAGUAUUUCUUCUGUACCUAACAGUAUACUAUACCAAACAGCACAUAUGCUGAAACCUCUAAAAGUUGCCUUAGGGAAGCUUCGAAAUAUUUAUGAUAAUCAACCUUUUGAAUAUGUAACAAUAGCUGGAAAAACAAUACAACUAACAUAUAUUGAUCAGAUAAGAAAACAUCUUAUCUUUGAGGCAUAUGUAAAUGUUGAGUCUGGGAGACCUUAUAGGAAUGGUGGAAUUGAUCAUGAUGUUAGUAAUGCAGUCAUAGAAUCUGUAAAGUUGUUACAUAGUAAUGGUUUUGUACAUGGAGACCUAAGAGGUCCUAAUAUUAUAAUAGGAAACAAUAACCAGGUGAAAUAUAUAGACUUUGAAUGGGCAGGUAAAAGGGGAGAGGCAACUUACCCGAUGCUUUUAAAUACGGAAAUUAGAUGGCACAAUGAUGUUAUUCCGGGAGGAAAAAUCGAAAUUAUACAUGAUGAGUGCAUGGUAAAAAAUGAACUUUCAGGACUAAUGAAGAAUAAACUAUAUGAAGAACAUAAGAUUUCUUAUCACCAAUUAAAGGAUAUUUUUCUAUGUCCGUUCCAAGUCUCCUUCUAG